AUGGGGGAUUUCGCAGCCCCCGCUGCCGCCGCGAAUGGCAGCAGUAUUUGCAUCAACAAUAACCUGAAGAGCAGCCUCAGCGGGGCCGGUGUCGGGGUUAGCAGCUCUCCCCACGGCCCUCCUGCCGCCGCUCCCGGUAACAAUACCGCCGGUAGCGGCGGCAUUCCCAAGCACAGCACGGUGGUGGAGCGGCUGAGGCAGCGCAUCGAGGGCUGCCGGCGGCACCAUGUCAACUGCGAGAGCAGGUACCAGCAAGCCCAGGCGGAGCAGCUGGAGCUGGAGCGCAGGGACACGGUGAGCCUCUACCAGCGGACCCUGGAGCAGAGGGCCAAGAAAACGGGCACCGGCGGCAGCAGCAGCAAGCAACAGCACCAGAGCAAACAGCAGCAAGAUGCUGAGCCCGCCACGGCGGAGCAGAGGAACCACACGCUGAUCAUGCUUCAAGAGACAGUCAAAAGGAAGUUGGAAGGCGCACGUUCACCUCUCAAUGGAGAACAGCAGAAUGGAGUUUGUGAUGGGAACUUUUCUCCAACCAGCAAGCGGACACGCAAGGAUGUGCCAGGCAUCGAGGCAAUCAACAGCUUGCCCAUUAAUUUGCCUUUGCCUGCUGUUUCUCCUCUUCACCAGCUUGACAUGAAAGCUCCUCUGCUCCUGCAGAACAGUGGAACUCACAGGAGUGGUCUAGAAGACUUGGGUGAAAAUGGUGGGCUUUCUGAGAUAAAGCUCCCUGUUAACGGCUGCAGCGAGCUGGAUGAUGGUUUUAACAUCCUGCACAGCAAGGAGCUAAAGCAAGAGCCUCUGGAUGACUCCAACUGCAUAGACACCUCUGAAACAUCUCUUUCCAAUCAGAAUAAGCUCUUCUCAGACAUUAACCUAAAUGAUCAGGAGUGGCAGGAGCUCAUAGAUGAGCUGGCAAACACUGUCCCAGAAGACGAUAUACAGGAUUUGUUCAAUGAAGACUUUGAAGAGAAGAAGGAGCCCGAAUUUCCCAGGCCUGCCACAGAGGCUCAGGAGAGUGCGAGUGUAAAAAGCGAUCCAUCCCAUUCUCCAUUUGCUCAUGUCCCAUUAGGCUCUCCCCAGGUCAGACCAUCUUCUUCCGGUCCUCCAUUUUCCAACAUCUCCUCAGGCUCCAGCAUUGCUUCUGCGUCCAGCGCACCGCUGGCCCCAGUCCCUGCUGGAUCACCAGCAAACUGUGUUGUGCAGUCCCCUCAGACUCCCAGCCAGGCGCACACGCCCGGGCAGACGCAGGGGCGCUCCGGGAACGGCUUCCUGAUGAACCCAGCAUCGGCCGUGGCAGGAUCGGGGCCUGGGCCAGGGGCCCUGCCCAGCGCUGACCUGUCCCCAGCUGAGCAACUCAAGCAGAUGGCAGCCCAGCAGCAGCAAAGGGCCAAGCUCAUGCAGCAGAAGCAGCAACAGCAUCCCAAUCAGCCCUCAAGCUGGUCACCAGGGGCGCCUCCAUCUAGUCCCUACGGAGGACCCUUCAGUGCAGACAAACCAAAUAGUCCCAUGAUGUACUCUCAAGCCUUUAACAACCAAAACCCUGUAGUGCCUCCUAUGGCAAACAAUCCCCAGAAGACCACAAUUAAUAACUACCUCCCUCAAAAUCACAUGAACAUGAUCAGUCAGCAGCCAAAUAAUUUGGUCACAAACUCCUUGGGCAAACAGCCCAACAUGCUUUCCUAUGGCAACACCAAACCUCUGACCCAUUUCAACUCUGAGCUGGGUCAGAUGAUGGCCCCGGCCAUGGCAAACCCCGGGAAGAACACCAUGAUGCCGUACAUGCAGCAGCAGCAGCAGCAGGCCCAGCAGGCGCAGAUGCCGGCUCAGGUGGGCCACCUGAGCGAGGAGCAGAAGCGCAUGCUCAUCAUGAAGCAGAAAGGAAUGAUGAAUCAGCCCAUGGGAUAUGCAGCACUCCCUGCCCUCGCUCAGGUAAGUCACCAGGUGGGCCUGUCACGGCCUGCAGGGCCCAUGCCGCCGUCUGUCCCGGCGGGCUCCAGCGGCAUGGCCACAGGCACCAGCUCCGGGGGACACUUCCUGGGCAGCCAGCCCCAGGCAGCCAUCAUGAAGCAGAUGCUGAUGGAGCAGAGAGCGCAGCUCCACGUGAUGGAGCAGCAGAAACAGCAGUUUCUCCGGGAGCAGAGGCAGCAGCAGCAGAUCCUAGCGGAGCAGAUGCAGCAGCAGCCACAUUUGCCUCGGCAGCAUCUGCAUCAACAGCGAAGCCCAUAUCCAGUGCAACAGGUCAACCAAUUCCAAGGUUCACCCCAGGAUAUAGUGGCUGUGAGGAACCAGGUAGCACUGCAGAGCAUGAGAACAUCGCGAAUGAUGGCCCAGAACGCGAGUAUGAUGGCCAUGGGUCCCUCCCAGAACUCGAGCACGCUGCUCAGCACUGCAGGCCAGCCGGAUAUGGGCAUGACUCCUUACAGCAAUGCCUCCUCCAGCCAGCCAGGAAUGUACAGCAUCAGCACGGGCAUCAGCCAAAUGUUGCAGCACCCAAACCAAAGUGGCAUGAACCUGGCACAGAGCACGGGCCAGGGAACAAGGCAGCCUGCCUCCGGACAAGCAGUGGGAAUGGUUGGCAAUUUUGGUCAGAACAUGCUGGUAAACUCUGCUCUUCCCCAGCAUCAGCAGCAGAUGAAAGGACCUGUGGGCCAGGUCUUGCCAAGGCCACAAGCACCACGACUUCAAAACCUGAUGGGGACUGUCCCUCAGGGAACACCAAACUGGCAGCAGCGAGGCCUGCCAGGCAUACCUGGAAGGACUAGUGGCGAAAUGGGGCCCUUCAACAACGGCACCACCUACGCCGUGCCAGCUGGGCAGCCCCGGCUGUCCAAGCAGCACUUCCCCCAGGGCCUCAGUCAGACAGCUGUGGACACGGCUGGCACGGCGAGAGCCGUCAACCCAGCGCUGGGCAGGCAGCUGCUGCAGCCACUGCCUGGGCAACAGGCAGGCGGCCAGGCCAGGCCCGUGGUGAUGCCAGCAAUGGGCCAAGGGGUCCCUGCCAUGGCGGGCUUCAGUCAGCCCCCAACGCAGCAAAUGCCAGGUGGCACCUUUGCUCAGAGCAGCCAAGGCCAGGCCUAUGAGAGGAAUCCCACUCAGGACAUUUCUUACAACUACAGUAAUGGAGGAGCAGGGGGGUCGUUCUCCAGUUUAGCAGAGGGCACAGACCUUGUGGACUCCAUUAUUAAAAGCGGACCAGGGGAUGAGUGGAUUCAAGAACUGGAUGAGUUGUUUGGAAACCCCCAGUGAAUGGUAUUGUAUAGUCUGGAGCUUGGAUUAUGUUUUGUUACGUUUGAACAAGCAAAGAGGAAGUCAGAUGUUCUCCCCAUCCCUGGAUCGUUGGUUUUUGUGUUGGUUUGGUUUGGGGUU